AUGCCACGUAAGAUAUUCCCGCUAAGAUUGCUGGUCAUUAGUUCUACACCACUCUUGAUUUGGUAUCAGGAUACAUGCAACUCCUCCUCUCUCCAGAGAGUCAAAAAGUGCGGAUGGGCAGCACACCGCGGUAUUUAUCAAUUUAUUUGCUUUCCCUUCGGUUUUGAAAAUGCGUGAGCUUACUUCUCUGGGGCUACGGCGCGCAUUCUAGCGGCAGAUGAUUUAGGGUUUCACGUACAAAAUCUUGUUACUAUCCUCCACGCUGCUUGGCAUUCAGCAAUAUCGUACAACGAACGACAAAGAGCUGAAUUUGGAGCGCAAUGCGAGCGUUUUCAUUUAUCGCCUCUUUCAACCAAAGAAGGUGAUUGUGUUUAUCUUCGCAACGUAGUUCUUAAAAGGACUAACACAGAACUUAUGCUAUACAUGUACGCGCGUUCUUCCCUAGGCGUUCUUGGUCGAGUUUUUUCGCUCACCAUGGAGGACUUUUCGCUGCCUCCCGAUCCAGAUCCAGAAAAGUGCCUGCGAUCUACUCUUUCUUCUACUACUUCUUCGAUUGAUUCCAUUGAUACUUCUCAUAGUCACGUAGCGGCCGAAACAAGACGGUUAUUUCUUGCGUUCCUUCCGGUGAACCUCAGUAGUCACAGGAAAGAAGCACCAGUGCCUCCGCAGACUCCACCUUGUAGUCUGCCCAGUCGAAAAGUUCACCAUUAUCUGUUUCACAGAUGUCCCAGUGCCUGCGAAAACUGA